AUGACCAAGGACAUAGCUCGUAGUGUUGAAUACUAUGAAUUUGCUAGAGAUGUUUGGAAUGAGUUAGAGGAAAGGUAUGGGAAAGUUGAUGCAGCUAGGGUGUUUGAACUAAAGAAAGAACUAGCUCAUAUUUCUCGGGGUUCUCUAGACAUAGCCUCAUACUCUAACAAAAUCAAGAAACUCUGGGAUGAGAUUGCUUCCCUUUCCACUACUCGUGUGAAAUCCUGCAUGUGUGGUGCCAGUUCUGAGUAUCAAAAGGAUGAUGAUGUCCAAAUGGUCUAUCAGUUUUUAAUGGGCUUGAAUGACACCUAUGUGCAAACUAGGAGUAAUAUUUUGGCGCUCAAGCCUUUUUCUUCUGUUGGGACUGUGUACAGGGUCCCUUAUGAACAAAAUAAAUCCUCCUUGUUGUGCAAGUACUGCAAGAAACCAGGGCACACCAUAGACAAGUGUUAUAAACUUCAUGGUUACCCUUCCAAUUUCAAAUUCACUAAAUCAGCUCCUACUAGAAAAACAAUAGCACAUGUUAAGUUAGACACAAAUGGGACAUCUGAUCCUGGUGCACAAAGUUUUGGUUAUGGUUUUGAGAUUUGUUCCAACUCUCACCUAUACAUGGGCUUACCAAAGAUCAGCAUUCUCAACUGA